CCGUGCCGUCCCGAGGUUCUUCUCCUGAGUAAUGUAGUAUAAAUAGAUAUUUACUAUUUACUGGAUAAGUAAGUGUAGAUACCAAGUACGUUCAACUUUGUUUAAUUUAUACCGUGCAAAAUCAUCCAAUAAGAGAUUGAUUAGUGAGAAACCGCCAUUUUUGUUUUGAUGAAACCUGUAUAUAACGUGAAUGUACAUUAGAAGAAUUCAGUAUGACUGGAAGAGGUUUAUUAAAUGUUGUUCGGAUUAUACAGUCGCAUAUCUUGAAAUAUUCAAGUGUAGCUACAAAACAAACCCCAGCUGAAUAUUGUCAUGAACUAGUUAGAAAAUAUGACCAUGAAAAUUAUAUAUGCACAUUACCAUUAUCAUCUAAAACUAGAUCAAUUGGAUUUUCAAUUCGUGCAUUUAACGUAGAAGUGGCUCUAGUACUAGAACAAGUAUAUGACUCUAAAAUAGGACAAAUGAAGCUAAAAUUUUGGACAGAUGCGUUGAAUAAUACAUACAAUGGAAAUCCUCCGAGAAUUCCUGUUAUGUUGGAAUUAGAUAGAGUAUUGAAAGAAAAGUGUUCCUUAUCUAAACGUUAUUUUAAACGUCUAAUAGAUGUUCGCUCAGAAUAUCUUAAUAAUUGUUUGUUGCUUAAUAUGAAUGCAAUAGAAAAAUAUGCAGAAUAUAGUACAUCUUCCAUUUAUUAUCUAUUAUUAGAGGGUCAUGGUAUUACUGAUGUUAAUGCAGACCAUGCUGCAAGUCAUUUGGGCAAAGCUCAAGGAAUCAUUAAUUUAAUUCGAUCAGUUCCUCGUAAUGCAAAUAUUAGAGUGAAUAUGCUACCGCAAGAUAUUUUAAUGAAACAUGGUGUUUCUACAGAAGCUAUAUUUCAAGGUCAAACUAACCAAGGUCUUCAAGAUGCAAUAUAUGAUAUUGCUUCUUAUGGGAAACAGCAUUUAGAUAUGGCGAUAUCUCUUACCCAUAAAUUAGAGAAAGAUAUACGUGUAAUCUUUCUUCCAAUACUUUGUUUAGAAAAUUAUUUAGAUGCAUUAAGGAAAGCAGAUUUUAAUAUAUUUGAUACAAAAUUGCAGAGAAGCAAGAGUACACUACCAUUUCGUAUAUUGUGGAAAACAUUUUUCUGAAAUUUUUUUGUGCGUUAUUACCUUGUAUUUGCUGAUUUAUGUAUAUAUAUAUUUGUAGAUAUAUACAUGUAUAAUGUAGUAUAAUUAUUAAAACAGUACUUUUGAAUUAAUCUGAUAUGCAGUAUUCAGAAGUACAAAUGUGAUUAUUUUAUAAAAUGGGUAAAUCUAUUUUAUUAAUAAAUAGAAUUUCAAUUUUUUAUGUAUACAUAAGUAAUUAAUUAAAUUGGAGUUAAUUUAACCACUGACAUGAGGUAGUUUCAUUUAGUGUUACUUUAUCUUUCAAAACACGUAGUCAGUUUCAUUGUAAUAAAAUACAAAGGAUAGACAAAUUUUAAUUCUGCCAAAAUAUUGAUGUAGUAACGUUAAAGAAAAGAAAUAACGUAAUGAUAGGAAAUUUAUUUAUAAAAUACAUUUCAUUCCAUCUGUGACUUGUUAA